ACUCCGGUAACGUUCCCGCCAUCGUGGUUUCCUCAGCUCGGGUGUCACCUCCUUCCCUCAGCCCAUCGGUUGGGACAGCAUCUUCUCCUCCUGCAGUGCCAAGUGUAGAGCCGACUGCCUCGGCUGCGUCUCCUGCAGCAGCCUCCACCAGUAAUCCCGCUCCUUCUGCUGCUGCACCCAAUGUCGCCGCCGCCGCCGCCUCCGCCCCAGCUGCCCCUGCCCCAGCUGCCCCUGCCCCAGCUGCUCCCGCCCCAGCUGCCCCGGCCAGCAAGCCGUCAGCGGGCACCAACAACCAGGAGGAGGCAGCUCGUGCCCUGGCAGAGAAACGUAGACAAGCCCGAGAGCAGCGGGAGAGAGAGGAGCAAGAGCGUCUGGAGCAGGAGCAGAAGAACAGGCUCCUGCGGGAGGAGGCGAUGGCCCGGGAGGCCGAGGAGCGGAAGCGCAGAGAGGAGGAGGCUCGGUUCAUGGCCGAGCAGCAGCGUCUGAGAGACGAGGUCCAGCGAGCUCAGGAGGAGAAGGAGGAGCAGGAGAGAGCUAAAGCCGAGCAGGAGGAGAACGAGAGGGCGCAGAAACAGAGGGAGGAGGCCGAGGCAAAGGCCCGUGAGGAGGCCGAGCGUCAGCGCGUCGAGAGGGAGAAACACUUCCAGAAAGAAGAGCAGGAGCGACUGGAGAGGAAGAAGCGCCUCGAGGAGAUCAUGAAGAGGACUCGGAAGAGUGACGCAGGAGAGAAGAAGGACGUCAAAGCUUCUCCACAGGUCAACGGCAAAGACACAGAGCUCAAUAAAGCUCCUGGAAACCUGCAGAGCCCCAGUGCAGUCGUGAAUGGCGUGCAGGCAACCUCUCACCAAAAUGGCGUCUCAGCCAACGGAGAGGCGGCGGACUUCGAGGAGAUCAACCAGCUGAACAACGGCAGCAACCCCGGACAGCAGCAGAGCGGGCUGGUGGGCGAGCCGAUCCUGGCGUUCGAAGGAGGAGAGCCCUUCCUGAUGAAGACGGGCCCGAUGAAGCCUCAGCAUGUCGCAGAGGUCCUGUGAGUCCCCGCACAUCCAAUGGAGACGCGCCUUAUGUCUCUGCUUGAGCUACGAGAUUUCAUGCCUCACCACAGCGGCUUACAAACUGAGUGUGCCAAACAAACAACGAACUGCGCUGAAUCCACAUCGACAGUAUUUGCCGCAGAGGAUAACGAGGAGGAGAUAAACUCUGCCCGGAAGAAGAAAGUACUCAUCCGAAAUAUAU